CACGUUGACCAACCAGUAGAAAGUAGCUGGGUUUAUGUGCAUCCUCAUCCAUUUCUUUAUUCCUUUCCAACUUUACUUUCAGCACCCCAAGUACCCACCACCACCAUCAUAUUCUUCAUCCUUUCCAACCUGCAGAUUAGGUUUAAUCGGUAAUGGAUUCCGCCACCGUACCUAACGAUGACGAACCUUCACAAUCCAUAUCAAAAUCUCCGUCGGAAACCAAUAGUAAUCGUCACAAUCAUCGAAUAUCUACAGGUAUGGGAUCUCCAAAUUUCAUAGGGAAGCAUCGAUUGGCUGCAAUAAUUUCUCAACAGAAUCAACAAAUCCAGAUCAUUCAGGAAGAGCUGGAUCAGCUGGAAACGCUUGGUGAAGCAUCGCUUGUUUGUGAACAGCUGAUAUCAAGUGUUGAAUCAAGUACAGAUGCUCUGCUUCCGGUGACAAGAGGGCCGGCCGAUGGUGGAUGGGAUAGAUGGUUCCAAAGAGCAAAUCAUUCGUCCUCCCGGAAUCGCAAACGUUGGAUUUGAUAUGAUCGUCCAAACCCAUUUCCAUUUCCAUUUCCACUUUCUCUUUCUAAUUUUGUAAAUCCUUCUUCCAAAGUUUGGAUAUAAUUAAAUCCAGAACUAUCAUGCUAUUCUGGAUUUGACAACAAUUCAAACGAUGGAAAACGGAUCUUGUACGUACUUGAUUUUGUUUGUUUUUCACAUGCAAGGGUGGUUUGUUUUUCAAUUUUGUUCCCUCUUUUCUUUUCACUCAUUCAACUUAUUCGACAAGUCGUUUUAGC